AUCGAUGUUCGGCUCAUUGUCAAGAACUGGGUCUCGUUUAUCGGUCCGAUACACUCAGAUUGGUUGGCGCUCCAGCUGGGGUCGGUGCGGUGGCCGGUUAGAAAUGCGCUACUAACAUCGUCGCCUCAUCGUACGCUAGUUCCGCUGAUCUAUGCGGCACUUGCUGCAGCUCAGGCAAACGCCAAUGGAGCCCUUACGGUGUCGUCUGGUGCAUUGCCCGCCGGUGCGAUCACCUCAGCGCCUCUUGGCGUCGUUCCCAGUGCCAACCGUAAGCGUAAUAAAAGCGUCGCAGCGUUAAAUGCCAUUAACGCAGGCACUCCGCCACGUUACCAGUGCGACGUGUGCGGAUACAUCGCACCUGGAAGAUCGCAUCUUGUCAACCAUCAGCGUGUUCACACCGGAGAAAAGCCGUUCAAAUGCGAGUACUGUGGAAAGAGGUUUGCACAGAAAGGUAACAUGAAGAUGCACAUGGUGUCUUGGCACCUGAAGAAGCAGGCUGCAGCAGCAACAGCCACACCCUCGCCUGGCCUACCUUCAUCACUCGCUGGAAUGGGAUCGUUGGCUACAAUCGGUGGCGUUUCGCUGGUUCCUGCGGUCUCGGCUGCUUUAGCUGCUUUACCAUUGCCCAGCUCCGUUCUGUCCACGGCCGCAGCCACUGCCGCCGCCGCCGCCACCUCGGGCGCCAGCGACGCGAGUACAGGCUUCUCGCUAUUGCCAGCCUUCCCGGCGCCGUUGGGUCCGCCCUCGGUAACUACGCCUUUGUCGAUCUCGGCCACUUCAACGCCAUUAUCUACCAGCUCUGGCAUUUCAAGUGGCGCACGCAGUGCGUCCAGUCCGCACAGCCUGGCGGGGGGCGCAAGUAUAGCACCUGUCUCUUCGGCACCCAGUCCCCAGCCCGCUUCUGCACUUUCCGAGUAAACCUAAAGUACACACUGAACUACUCCUUGAGGUCGGCUACUAUGAUGACAACAGUUAUAGUCAAAAUAACAGCAACGACAACAACAACAACAGCGACAGCAGAUGCAGCAGUCCGAAUGCCGGAUGAUUUCAACAGUCAAAACAAGCCAAAGCAACAACAUCGACUCAAGAAUUAAUGCAGUCAUAGUCGAUAAGCGUAUGACGCAGCGAAGCAAAGAGACGAAAAAAAUCUAACAAAGAUAAGAGGACCAAUGCCUCUCGCAGAAUUGACCUCGAUUGUCUCGAAAGGAAACGUGUUGUACUGUUGUUCGUGAAACGCGACCUGCGUGAAAGCGGCUACGAGAGAUGCGAGACCGUCAUGAUGAGGUUCCAGCCGCAACGAACUCAUAAGGGGCGGUUAUAAUUUAUUAUUAUUGUUAUUAGAAUGCCCAUAGUGAAGCGGUGAACGAGAAAGCUGAGAUAGGGAAGAAUGCGCCAAAUGCUUGCGAUUAUGAUGAUGACAACGACGAGUCUAAACCAAAAACAAUGAAAAAGAUUUAACCGGCCCAAAAGUUAAGCCAUCUAAGGCAAUAUUUAGCGGCCGCCCUGCAGCGAGUGUAGGGGCCUUGUGUAUAAUAGAGAGUUAAAUGACUUCUUGUGUAGAUAAAGAAAAUGAAAUAAGACAAUAUACCUAACCGCCCGCCUAUGUAUAGGCUAGUUGACAGUAGAUAGAAGCUUCUCACAAGUCAAAAAGGACAAAAGACAUGGCGAGAACAGGGCGCAAAUGAACUAAACAUGUAGGCAAAAUGUAGAAAAGGUGUGCAACAGCCAAAAGUACAGUCGUUCUGCUAGAUAGCGCCGUUGAUGCUGAGACCGAGUUGUAGUUGUUUCACUACGAAGAAUUUGCGUUGCAUUGAGCUUGUUACCAUUGUGUGAGCGAGGACUCGCCGAGUAAACGUGGAUACUCGUGCAUACAGCAUAUGGGAAGAGGGAACUUGCAGUAGUCGAUCGCUACACGUAGUAACAAGCUGAAUGAUGAGGAUAGCAAGCACGACAGUGAUUAACACCAUAAAACAAUGGUACAAUAAUGAUGCAUUUGUUAAUCCAGAGCCCCAUUUGUGGCUAGCCAUAGUAAAUGUUCGACGCCUCGAAAGCUAGACUCGAUCGUGCUUCAUUGCCAAAAAUUCUACGGCUAAAUUGAGCGGCGCAAAGUACGCCGGGGAAGAUAUACAAAUCGAGAGUGGCAUUACGAUCUAACAAAGAGAAAAACAAUGAUGUUUCAGGCUAAACAGAACUGUGGACUGAUGUCAACUGAAAUGAAAGCCAGUUCCUAAAUACAAGUUUACUAUACAAACGGUCGCCAAUGGAUCAUUCUAUUUCUAUCCAGUCAGUCAGAAACCGGGUACUCAAUAGUUGUUACAUUGACCUAGAUCGUACGAGGCGUCUUGAUGAGCCGUUCAUGUUGGUUGGGUAUCACAGUGGAACGAAUUUCUCUAAUUAUUUGGCAUACAUUAGCAAUUGGUCAGUCUCUAUUGCGGACCCAUGCCGAUGAUUAUUGCGGUUAUAAUUAUUAUCGUUACUAUUAAUGGCCUAUCUAUUCGAUUAGUAUUAUUAUUGUUCAGAGAUAGAUCAGACGACGGCGCGUGGAGCGUCCUGCGCUGUUCUGGCCUUUCGGCCGGCCCUAUACAUAUAUUAGGGACAGUUCGAAUAUUUAUGAUCCUAUCAGCAAUCUGGUUUUUUGGUCGUCGUAGCACAUGGGAACAAGCCAUUAGUGUAAAGACGUGUUAUGGUGAGAACUCGCGGAUUGUCGCAGCGUGACUAUGCCAAUGGGGUAUUCCUCUGCUAAACUACUAUUCGAUUACAUUGCAUGCGAUGAAAUUCACUGGGUCAAAAUGUGACGUCCUCUUUGACACAACAAAAAAAAAGGGUCCCACCACUUGUUACUCCGCAUUGCAUCAGUGCUUCAAUGUUAGCCAAUGUGCCAUACUUACUCCGCCCUUUUGGGGAUUGUAGGUGUCGUGUCAGCCGCUGCAGAAUCUCGCUAUUAGGUCUCUGCUGGGCCAGACAGCUUUUCCCAAAGGCGAAUUGACCGUCGAUAGGUCAUUAUCAUCAGUCACUAUAUAGCCAAAGAUCUACCAGUUACAUUUCUAGCUACCAAACAGCGAUACUGAGGUUAGGACGUCUGCACCAUCACGAGAGAGAUUAAAUCUGCGUGAAACGAUACCGGUGGGAAAAUGGAACUUUUUACACUAAGACGCAGAAAAAAUUACAGUAAUUUCACAAAUACUAUGUAUUUAGUAGAAAAACGCGAAUGCAGAAUGGGGUCGGCCAGGCAAUGUUAGAGCGGAGUACCUGAGCAUGGGGUGCGCCGUUAGAAGCAACUACGCGAUGCCUAUAGUGCGAUAAAUAAGUAGGAAAGUCCGUGUUAUGAUAACGUAUGGUUAUAAGCCGUAAGACCUUUUUUGGCGACACUACGAGGGCCCGAUGUUGGAAAUAGUAAACUUGGAUAGCAAGACAUAAAAAGGUACCUUCGACAUGGACGUUAGGGAGGAAAUUUAUUGAUGUUUCAAACUGAUGAUUGGGUGAAGAAUCUUCUAAAGCUUCUUGGGACCGACCUCAGUGGUCUAGCAAGACCGUCAAGGGUAUCGGGAGGGGCAAGCGUUGGCAAACUCAUCGAAGUUGAUUAGCAGGAGGUUAAAUCCCGCCGAAACCGUUAAUAAUGAUGAGAGCAAUAAUAUCUGUAGUACUAACUAUUAACUGUAUUUCUAUAUUACCAAAAAAUAUUGCUAUAUGGAACGGAUUAGCUAGAACGACAUGUACCGCAGGAAUCGUGCGGAUGUCCGUGACCAGUAAUAACAACCACAACAAAAACAGAGUAGAAGUAAUUUUAGUUGUAGCACGAGUAAAGACGAAAAUAAAUAGGACUAUGUAGAAAAUAGGACGUCAACUGCGACUGUGUAAAGAAUACGGCCGCUAAAAUAAUUACAGAUGAUGAUAGUAACAGGAAAAAAAUCGAGAAAUCAGGUUUAUGGGUGUGUGUGUGUGUGUGUGUGUGUGUGUGUGUGUGUGUGUGUGUGUGUGUGUGUGAGUGUGUGUGUAUUUGUCGAGUGUCUGCGUUUGUCAUUUGGUAUAUUGGUAUUUAGUGCAUUUUGAGAGGUUGAGACGGUGCCUUACUUGGAAAGUAGUCGCCAGAGCUAGAUGCUCAAGCCUGCUGCUGUACAACCAACAAUUACUAGAGCUCUCCUUUGAUUAUUAUAUACACAUACGAUACGGGAGAGUGACACGAUGUUAUUCAGAUGAUGACUGCUAUUAUUAAGAUAUUAGUUAGAAAAAUACUAAUUAACGACAGUGGUGCUAGUUAUUGAUACUGUAUCAAUAUACUGACAACGACGACGAUGAUUGAUGACAAUGAACGCCAAAGAGUUUUGUUCUUUAAUUUACAAAAUAACAACGAUAAUAAAAAUACUAGUAACAA